AUGAAGAUGACCGCGCUCGCCGUGCUCGCGGCCGCCGCCGUCGUCGCGGCGGCCGCGAUCCUAUCCUCCCCGGACGCCCGGAGCGACGUCGCGGUGCUGGAGAUAGGCGGUGGCGACAACGGCCGCGUGGAGCUGGUCCCCGUGGACGCCGGCGCCGCGGGGCCCGAGAGCCUGGAGUUCGACGGCGGCGGCGGCGGCCCGUACGCGGGCGUGUCGGACGGGCGCGUCCUUCGGUGGGUCCCCGGCGAGCGGCGGUGGGAAGAGCACUCGUCCUCCUGCGCGCCGGAACUGCUGGACAGCUGCAGGGGCUCCCAGGACCCGGGCCGUGAGCACGAGUGCGGGCGCCCACUGGGCCUCAAGUUCAACCACGACACCGGGGAGCUCUACGUGGCCGACGCCUACCACGGCCUCCGCGUCGUCUCGCCGGACGACGACGACAAGGUGUCGAGGCCGGUGGCGCCGCAGUGGUGGCAGGGCACCGGCCGCGCCUUCAGCUUCGCCAACGGCGUCGAGGUGGACCCGGACACGGGCGCCGUCUACUUCACCGAGACGAGCACGAGGUUCCAGAGGAGGGAGUUCCUGACCAUCGUCAUCUCCGGCGACACCACGGGGCGGCUGCUGCGGUACGACCCGAAGAGCGGCGACGGCGAGGUGGAGGUGCUGGUCGACGGGCUGGCGUUCCCCAACGGCCUCGCGAUGAGCAGGGACGGGACGCACCUGCUGCUGGCGGAGACCACGACGGGGAGGAUCCUCCGGUACUGGCUCCGGCCGGUGGCGAAGGCGCAGGCGAUCGAAGAGGUGGCGCGGCUGCCGUGGUUCCCGGACAAUAUCAGGAUGAGCCCUCGGGGAGGCUUCUGGGUGGGGCUCCACGCCAGGAGGGGCAAGCUCGCCGAGUGGUGCAUCUCCUACCCGUGGCUCCGGCGGCUGGUGCUGUCGCUGCCGACGCGCCAUGUCCAGCGCGCCUCGUGGAUGCUCAGCCGGCUCGGGCGGCAGGUGAUCGCGGUGAGGUUGAGCGAGGAGGACGGGAAGGUGAUGGAGAUGGUCAGCGUUCAUGGGGAUCUUCAGAAGACGUUCAGGUCGGUCAGUGAAGUGGACGAGAGGAACGGCAGCCUCUGGAUUGGCUCUGUCAUGUCGCCGUUUCUUGGAGUGUACAAGUUGUAG